UGUGUUACCUCAAAAGAUACUAACUAGUCCUGAUGUUGACACCAUAUAUUUGGAACUAGACUUGACUAGUCCUGAUGUUGACACCAUAUAUUUGGAACUAGACUUGACUAGUCCUGAUGUUGACACCAAAUAUUUGGGACUAGGCUUAACUAGUCCUCAGAAUACUUUAGACUAGACUUGACUAGUCCUCAGAAUAUCAUAGAAAAGACUUGACUAGUCCUCAGAAUACCAUAGACAAGACUUGACUAGUCCUCAGAAUACCUUAGACUAGACUUGACUAGUCCUCAGAAUAUCUUAGACUAGUCCAGUCCCGUCACUAUCUUGCUUUUUAAAAUAAUGACUAGUCGUGACGACCAGAUCCAGUAUUUUGAACUAGUCAGGACGGGUGCUAUGGAUGUUUUGGACUAGACAUGUCGCCAGUCUUCUCUUUUUUUUGCCCGCCUGGGACGUCUUGUUCGUGCAAAUAUUGCAUCAGGAACCUACUUUGAACUACCAGAAUGGAUGAAAAACUAUACUGUUCAUUUUGGAAAUCACUAUCGUCAGGCAUUGCAUAAUUAUGCGACGGGAAAGUUUCAUGAUGUACCUCAUAGUUGGCUUUUAGCUUUCAAGCAUGUACGCAAAGGCGAUAUGACUACUUACAUCAAUUUUGCAUUAGGAAUGACUUCUCAUAUUGUUUGUGAUCUAGGAAUUGCUAUUAGUGAACUGGAUCCAACAGGUACAAAUGCAACAGCUAAAAAAUCGGAUAGUGAAAAAAUUAAUGGUAUUAUUCAGCAUUGUUCAAAAGAAUUAGUGUUGGCAUUAGUCAACUUCUAUGCUCCAAUUAUAGAUUUAACCCAAUGGAUCACACUUUUAAAUUUAGUAUUGGAUGAAGUGAUAGUAAUAAUUCGAGAUAUUGCAUGGAACGAAGCCAUAUUUAUUUGUCAAUGA